AUGGAAAGAAAAGAAUCGGAAUCAGGAAACGGGCGGAGAGUGGUGGUGAUCGGCGGUGGAAUCGCCGGCUCUCUGGCGUCGAAACUUCUUCAAUUCGACUCCGACGUCACCCUCAUCGAUCCGAAGGAGUAUUUUGAGAUAACAUGGGCAAGUUUGAGGUCAAUGGUGGAGCCAUCUUUUGCUGAAAGAACGUUGAUCAACCACAAGAAGUACCUACAAAACGGCCGAGUUGUGACUUCUCCAGCGGUCAAUAUCACCAACACCGAAGUAGUGACCGGAGAUGGGGCUGUGUUUGGAUACGAUUAUCUUGUGAUUGCUGCUGGUCACACCGAUGUUCUCCCCAAAACCAGGCAAGAGAAGCUAUCUCAUUACCAAGCCGAAUAUGAGAAGAUCAAGUCCUCUGAGUCGGUUAUGAUUGUUGGUGGAGGACCUUCGGGUGUGGAGCUUGCUGCGGAGAUUGCAGUCGAUUUCCCGGAUAAGAAGGUUACUCUAGUACACAACGGACCGAGGCUGUUGGAGUUCGUUGGCCAGAAAGCUGCAGACAAGGCGUUUGACUGGCUGAAGUCAAAGAAAGUUGAGAUCAUAUUGAACCAGAGAGUGGAUUUGAAUUCAGCAACGGACGGAGACAAAACGUACAGAACGUCAGAAGGAGAGACGAUACACGCUGAUUGCUAUUUCCUCUGCACCGGGAAGCCGUUGGCUUCGGAAUGGAUUAAAGGAACUGGUUUGAGAGAUAGCUUGGAUGGUAAAGGGAGGCUGAUUGUUGAUGAGCACUUGAGAGUUAAAGGUCGCAAGAACGUGUUCGCUGUUGGAGAUAUCACUGAUAUCCAGGAGAUGAAACAAGGCUACAUUGCUGAGAAACAUGCCUCUGUGGCUACCAGGAAUAUCAAGCUUUUGAUGUCUGGUGGAAACGAGAGGAAGUUGUCGAGCUAUAAGCCUGGACCGGAUAUUGCUAUUGUAUCUUUGGGAAGAAAAGACUCUGUGGCUCAGUUUCCGUUCCUGACGGUCUCUGGCUGUGUGCCUGGUUUGAUCAAAUCUAAGGAUCUGUUUGUGGGGAAGACGAGGAAGGCAAGAGGGCUUGAUCCUAAUCUUGUGGAUUGA